CGGCCGAAUCAGACAGCCCUGGUAAUUGGACUGGAACCCUUCAUAUGCCCUGGGGGUGAGCCGAGGAGAUUUCACGCCAGAAUGCUGUCUCCAAACAAGAGGGACGAUUGCGCUGCCUGCGCCACGCAUAUGCAUGGUGCCUGCCCGGCAGAUCAGCUGCUGCGACAAAGAGCCAUGAGCCACUCCAAACACACGGGUAAGAUAAGGAAGAGGCUGGAGGAAAUCAAGAACCAGUCUUUGAAGUUGACAAAGGCGGAUUUCAGCCACAAUGAAAGCAUAAGGUUGGCCACCGACGCCUUCCUGGAUGGUGGGACAGAGGCGUACCUCCAAACUUUAAGCAAAGAGGGCGAGGUGGAUUUCCUCUCCUCGGUGGAAGCUCAGUACAUCAAGGAUAACGCCAGGGAGUCCUACUAUGCCCAGGAGUCCCUGGCUGCCGAUGGGGCGGCUGCACCAAAGCAGAACGAUGCUGGGUCGCUCCCUUCAGGGACCUACUUCCCCACCAUUUCUGACAGUGGUGAGUCUGCUUUGCUGCACACAUGGAUUACAGCGGAGAAGCCUUAUUUAAAGGAAAAAUCCACAGCCACUGUGUAUUUCCAAACAGAGAAGAACAGCAACAUUAGAGACAUCAUACGCCGGUACAUCAACAAGAGCACUCAGGUGCUGGCUAUCGUGAUGGAUGUGUUCACAGACACUGAGAUUCUUUGUGACCUCCUGGAGGCAGCUAACAAGCGCAUGGUGUUUGUCUACCUAUUGCUCGAUCACGGCAAUAUAAAUCUCUUCUCAGAGAUGUGUGACAAAUUGCAGAUUGCUGAGGAGCUCUUCAAGAAUAUUUCAGUCCGCAGUGUUACUGGAGAGGUUUACUGUGCUAAAUCAGGCAGGAAAUUUUCAGGACAAAUACAAGAAAAAUUUCUUAUCUCUGACUGGAGAUACGUGCUCUCUGGAUCUUACAGCUUCACGUGGUUAUGUGGCCAGGUUCACCGCAACCUCCUCUCCAAGUUCACGGGGCAAGUUGUGGAGCUGUUUGAUGAAGAGUUCCGACACCUUUAUGCGUUGUCCAAGCCAGUGAGGGGACCGAAGUCUCCGCCGCGCACCAUGCCCUUCCUGUUCAGCAAGAGCUGGGCCCCGCAGCGCAGCCUCCCCGACAGCGACCAGGGAAGCGCUAACACUCUCUCCGAUCCCUUCAGCAGCCUCUCGGCUGGCAGCAACCACCAGACCAAGCAACCCCCAAGAACUCCCAUGUUCAGCAGCAACUUCACCUCCCAGUCACCUCUCCAGAGAGUUAAUUCCUUCCACAACUACAUCUCAUUCACACUCCCACCACCACAGAAGACCAUCCCGGCUAACUACUACCAGCCGCACUACGUCGCCGACAGCUCCACAGUUCUGUAUAACAACAUGAACAUUUACAGACCUAUAAGACUUAGACAAGAGGAGCCAAACAGGACAGGGUUAAGCUCACCCUGGAGAUGCCUCCACAAAGCUAACCUGUUUGCAUAA